AUCACUUCAUCGCUACUCGAAAUUCUUCAGAAAAAUUCUUCGAGAUACUACUUAUAUAUUGGCUAACUGCCCUCUAUCACAGCUUUCUCUUCUGAACCGCUGUGAGAGAUUAACUAUGGUGGUAUCAGGACAGGCGCUGAUAGCCGCGGUUCUUUCUUUGUUGCUCUCGUAUGCGGCCGCGCAUGGCAUCGCUAAAGGGGCGAAGACUGUAACAUAUGAUGGAAGGUCUCUGAUCGUCAAUGGAAGACGGGAGCUUCUCUUUUCAGGCUCGAUACAUUACCCCCGGAGCACCCCAGAGAUGUGGCCGGACAUUCUUCAAAAGGCUAAACAUGGAGGCUUGAAUUUGAUUCAGACUUAUGUGUUCUGGAAUAUCCAUGAGCCAGUUGAGGGCCAGUUCAACUUUGAAGGCAACUAUGACUUAGUGAAGUUCAUCAAGUUGAUAGGCGAUUAUGGUUUGUAUGCAACCCUCAGGAUCGGGCCAUUCAUCGAGGCUGAAUGGAACCACGGAGGAUUUCCAUAUUGGUUAAGAGAAGUCCCCGACAUCAUAUUCCGGUCCUACAAUGAGCCAUUCAAGUAUCACAUGGAAAAAUACAGCAGGAUGAUAAUAGAAAUGAUGAAAGAAGCAAAACUGUUUGCUCCUCAAGGAGGCCCCAUCAUACUAGCUCAGAUCGAAAAUGAGUACAAUAGUAUUCAACUUGCAUAUAGGGAGCUAGGGGUCCAGUAUGUGCAGUGGGCAGGCAAAAUGGCUGUGGGACUCGGAGCUGGAGUCCCCUGGAUUAUGUGCAAACAGAAGGAUGCCCCUGAUCCUGUGAUCAAUACAUGCAACGGGAGGCACUGCGGGGAUACAUUCACUGGCCCCAAUAGACCAAACAAGCCUUCUCUAUGGACUGAGAACUGGACAGCUCAGUAUAGAGUAUUUGGAGACCCACCAUCCCAAAGAGCAGCAGAAGAUCUUGCUUUCUCGGUUGCUCGAUUCAUCUCAAAGAAUGGAACACUUGCCAACUAUUACAUGUACCAUGGUGGGACAAAUUUUGGGAGAACAGGCUCAUCCUUUGUGACUACACGCUACUAUGAUGAAGCCCCUCUUGAUGAAUACGGCCUGCAGAGGGAACCCAAAUGGGGUCACCUCAAAGACUUGCAUUCUGCUUUGAGAUUGUGCAAAAAGGCCCUGUUUACGGGGAGCCCCGGGGUUGAAAAGUUGGGAAAGGAUAAAGAGGUAAGGUUCUAUGAGAAGCCUGGAACCCACAUUUGUGCUGCUUUCCUGACCAACAACCAUUCUAGAGAAGCGGCAACUCUUACUUUCAGGGGAGAGGAAUAUUUCCUGCCCCCACAUUCCAUCAGCAUCCUUCCUGAUUGCAAGACUGUUGUUUACAAUACUCAGAGGGUUGUAGCACAACAUAAUGCGAGAAACUUCGUUAAAUCAAAGAUAGCAAACAAGAAUCUCAAAUGGGAAAUGUCACAAGAACCGAUUCCAGUCAUGACAGACAUGAAAAUUCUCACCAAGUCACCAAUGGAGCUUUACACCUUCCUUAAAGAUAGAUCAGACUACGCCUGGUUCGUCACCAGCAUAGAACUUAGUAAUUAUGACCUACCAAUGAAGAAAGACAUCAUCCCAGUCCUACAGAUCUCGAAUCUUGGCCAUGCGAUGCUCGCAUUCGUCAAUGGCAAUUUCAUGGGGUCUGCCCAUGGGAGCAAUGUAGAGAAAAACUUUGUUUUCAGGAAACCAGUGAAGUUCAAGGCCGGAACAAACUACAUUGCCCUGCUGUGUAUGACAGUGGGACUACCGAAUAGCGGAGCCUACAUGGAGCAUAGGUAUGCAGGGAUCCAUAGUGUGCAGAUCCUCGGGUUGAAUACUGGAACUCUUGAUAUCACAAAUAAUGGUUGGGGACAACAGGUGGGUGUGAAUGGAGAACACGUCAAGGCCUACACUCAGGGAGGAUCACACAGAGUGCAGUGGACUGCAGCCAAGGGGAAGGGACCCGCUAUGACAUGGUACAAGACCUACUUUGACAUGCCUGAAGGAAAUGACCCAGUGGUUCUCCGGAUGACUAGUAUGGCUAAAGGAAUGGCUUGGGUGAAUGGGAAAAACAUAGGUCGUUACUGGUUGUCUUACCUAUCACCUCUUGAAAAGCCAAGUCAGUCUGAAUACCAUGUUCCAAGAGCCUGGCUAAAGCCCUCAGACAAUCUCCUGGUCAUUUUCGAGGAAACUGGAGGAAACCCAGAGGAGAUAGAGAUUGAGCUAGUGAAUAGAGACACAAUCUGCAGCAUCGUAACCGAGUAUCACCCACCCCAUGUCAAGUCAUGGCAAAGGCACGACAGCAAGAUCCGGGCGGUGGUAGACGAAGUGAAACCCAAGGGCCACCUUAAAUGCCCCAACUACAAAGUGAUCGUGAAGGUGGAUUUUGCCAGCUUCGGCAAUCCAUUGGGCGCCUGUGGAGACUUCGAAAUGGGCAACUGCACUGCCCCCAACAGCAAGAAAGUUGUCGAGCAGCACUGUUUGGGGAAGACCACUUGUGAAAUACCGAUGGAGGCGGGGAUUUUUGAUGGGAACAGUGGAACUUGCUCCGAUAUCACAAAGACACUGGCUGUGCAGGUGAGAUGUGAGCGGAAAGUGUAGAGAAAAGAGAUGACAUGAGAGCAGGGGAGCUGGAUGAAAGAGAACCAUGGCUUUGAAGGAGAGAUUUUAGAAAAGUGGUCGUUGUUUCAAUGGUGGAGGAGACUUGGAGAUGAUAUUGGAUUUGGUUUUUUUUUUCUAAAUGUAGCAUCAAGAAUCAAAGGGGAUGACGAUGGUGAUGAUGAGUUUUCCCUUUUAUGUUCUUUCUUUGUGGUAAAAUACCAAUAUUUAUUUGAAUGAAGAUGAAAGCAUUUCCA